GGGGGAGAAAAAAGAUAAAGGAGUCUCCCGGCAGGCAGAGCAAUGUGGAGCUGGUGAGGACCGCGACCGGGCCGCCAGCAUCCCGCCGGCAGCGCGGCCGCAGCCGGGAGGACGAGCGCACCCUCCCCAGCGCGGAAGAGGCCCGAGAGAAGGAGGCUGUGAGGGCUGCUGAAGAUGUCCGAUAGUCUGGAUAUUGAAGAGAAACCUCCAGCCCCACCGUUGAGGAUGAACAGCAACAACCGCGAUUCUUCAGCACUAAACCACAGCUCAAAACCGCUCCCCAUGGCCCCUGAGGAGAAGAACAAGAAAGCCAGGCUUCGCUCCAUCUUCCCAGGAGGAGGGGAUAAAACCAACAAGAAGAAAGAGAAAGAACGUCCUGAGAUCUCUCUUCCUUCAGACUUUGAACAUACCAUUCAUGUGGGAUUUGAUGCCGUCACUGGAGAAUUCACACCAGAUCUCUAUGGCUCACAGAUGUGCACAGGGAAGCUCCCAGAGGGCAUUCCAGAGCAGUGGGCCAGGCUACUACAGACCUCCAACAUAACCAAACUGGAGCAGAAGAAGAACCCACAAGCUGUUCUAGAUGUUCUCAAGUUCUACGAUUCCAAAGAAACAGUUAACAACCAGAAAUACAUGAGCUUUACGUCAGGAGAUAAAAGCGCCCAUGGAUACAUAGAAGCCCAUCCUUCGAGCACUAAAACAGCAUCAGAACCCCCACUAGCUCCCUCUGUUUCUGAAGAAGAGGAUGAAGAUGAUGAUGAAGAGGAAGAUGACAAUGAACCUCCACCGGUUAUCGCACCACGGCCUGAACAUACAAAAUCAAUCUACACGCGCUCUGUAAUCGAACCUGCCGCUGCACCAGCACCAGCUAAAGAAGCCACCACUCCCCAGCCUGAAAACUCAAACACAAGCACUUUGUACAGAAACACAGACCGGCAGCGAAAAAAAUCCAAGAUGACCGAUGAGGAGAUCCUGGAGAAACUGAGGAGCAUUGUGAGUGUGGGAGAUCCUAAGAAGAAAUACACUCGAUUUGAGAAAAUUGGCCAAGGGGCAUCGGGAACUGUUUAUACAGCAAUUGACAUCGCCACAGGACAAGAGGUGGCCAUAAAGCAAAUGAAUCUCCAACAGCAGCCCAAAAAGGAACUAAUUAUUAAUGAAAUCCUGGUCAUGAGGGAAAAUAAGAACCCCAAUAUCGUUAACUAUUUAGACAGCUACCUGGUGGGUGAUGAGCUCUGGGUGGUUAUGGAGUACUUGGCUGGCGGCUCUUUAACCGAUGUGGUUACAGAGACAUGCAUGGAUGAAGGACAGAUAGCAGCUGUCUGUAGGGAGUGCCUGCAAGCGCUGGACUUCCUUCAUUCAAACCAAGUGAUUCACAGAGACAUCAAAAGUGACAAUAUCCUUCUCGGAAUGGACGGCUCUGUCAAAUUGACUGAUUUUGGUUUCUGCGCUCAGAUCACCCCUGAGCAGAGUAAACGGAGCACAAUGGUCGGGACUCCUUACUGGAUGGCACCAGAAGUGGUGACAAGGAAAGCAUACGGCCCCAAAGUGGACAUCUGGUCUCUUGGGAUCAUGGCAAUAGAAAUGGUGGAAGGAGAACCUCCGUACCUUAAUGAAAAUCCUCUCAGGGCGCUGUAUCUGAUAGCUACCAACGGGACACCAGAGCUGCAGAACCCCGAGCGGCUCUCCGCUGUAUUCCGAGACUUUCUGAACUGCUGCCUGGAGAUGGACGUGGACAGGAGAGGGUCUGCCAAGGAGCUGCUGCAGCAUCCAUUUUUAAAGUUAGCCAAGCCUCUCUCCAGCCUGACUCCUCUGAUCAUUGCAGCAAAGGAAGCGAUUAAGAACAGCAGCCGCUAGCGCUCCAGGCCGGUCUCCCAUGCCAGCUCAGAGCAGGACUGAGAACAGAGACUCUGUGAAACCUCAACUCUUGUGCUGCGGGACAGGAUGGAUGCACACACCAACGGUCACAGUCACGGAGGUAGGAGGGAGAACAAUCCAGUCCCUCGAGGAGUAAAACUUAUCAUUUGUCUUC